AUAUAGUGGAAGUGGAGAUGUUCACCGAUAGUUUCAAGUAUUAUAAAUCAAAGUGCCCACCACCCAGUUUCGAGUCAGUUGUAAAUUUCAGCGAAAACGAUGACAAUCUUUUCACGCGACGAACGACCAUCAAGGCCGGUGAAGAGUUCAAACAUCUGGGCCUUACAGAUCCGACACAUUGGCACAUCUACCAGUUUUCGUCCGGUUUAAUUUUCAUAAAAAAUCCAUUCACGCCACACGGGCAACGGUACUGGAUCGCCAGAUGUCUACGUGACUAUCCGAAAUCGCCGCACGCAAACAAUCUUCGUUCCAAAUCCAUUUCACCAGCGGCAAUCGACGAUUGGUGGACGGAAAUGGUCAGCAGCCGGACGAAAAGCGAUAAAGAGAGUCUCCGAAGUGCUUUGCGCUGGUGUACGCUGGGCUACCACCAUCAAUGGGACACGAAGGUCUAUUCGGAUGAGAUGAAACAUCCAUUUCCAGUCGAUCUGGGCACUCUGAGCGCUUACAUUGCUCGCACGUUAGACUUUGGUGAAUAUUCAGCUGAAGCUGCAAUCGUGAAUUUUUAUCCAAUCGGUACGACGCUGGCAGGUCAUACGGAUCAUUCUGAACGGAAUUUGGAUGCGCCACUGUUUUCAUUCAGUUUCGGACAGUCAGCUAUCUUUCUGAUUGGUGGGACCACCAAGGACAUAAAACCCACAGCAAUGUUUCUACACAGUGGCGAUAUAGUGAUUAUGUCGAAGGAGAGCAGACUCUGUUAUCAUGCUGUGCCUCGAGUGUUCAAAUCGGACGACUCUGUAUGGAACAACACAAUCGAAAUAGGCAAAGGCGACGAUGAUGACCGGAAUGAAAUGCCAAAGAAACGGAAAAUCGAGAACGAAGCUGGGUACAUGGUCAAAGACUUGUGGAAUGAUGUCGACGACCGAUUCUACUGGGAACCAUUUAACGAGUACGUGGAAAAUUGUAGGAUUAAUGUGAAUGUAAGACAAGUGCUCCGGAAAGGAGAACAUUCAUUGUGAUCACGUUGAUUAUGGACGAAUUAUAAAUGUUUCUACCAAACG